AAAAAUCUCCAUGCCAUGCCUUAUCAUGUAUCAGAGAGCUUUACAUACUGUACAGGGCUCAAGAAUACUACUGAUGUUGAAGCAAUGUUGAAGCAAGAGCAGCAGUUUACCUAAAUCGUGGUUACCGGGUCAACCGCCCGCCGUUGAUGGCUCAACUUGUUGAGGAAACUCUGCUACAGAAUCACAUUGACACCAGUCUGGAUCAACACAACGCAGAGAAAACCCACACUCGCCAAAGAGACGUUGUGUUUUCUCUUUGGCUUGAGCGACGUGCUUUCUCAUCCGGAGCUCGCAAACCCAGCCCAAUCAACACCGGAGCCGCAAGCCCGACCACGAUGGCACGACUCAACACCACGAACCCCCUGACUACUGCAAUCCAGCGGAAGAAGAGUUUGAAAGAACGAACGGAGAGACUGCCGGCCCACAAAUCUAUUGCCGACGAACCGCGCACCAACAUCAGGUCCUCCAACGGGAGCAGCAGGAGUAAAAUGUCCGGAGCUUCAUCACAACGGAACAGUCGGGGGUCAAGCGCCAUCUUCGACAUAUUUUCCGACGACAGCCCUAUUAUUGAGAGCAGCAACAGCUCACCCAGGAAGCAAAAGAAGACCAGAACACUCAAAGCUGCGAAUGUCAAUUCCCUCCUGCUACCGAUCGGUCAGACCCCACGCCAGAGGCCUAUGGUCAAGUUGGAAACGGACGACUUUGAGAAGGAAAAUGAUAUCAUGGAAAAUACACCAGAGCGAUAUACAGCAACUAGAGAAGCCCCUCCACAGGCGUCUCCGACAAGACGAAACAUGGCGGGAAUUCCAAGAAUAAGCCGCCCCGACAACACGCCUUUGAGCCCCCAGAGGUCACGGAGCCCAGAAUCCGAGACAGAAGAAGACUGUGGUGACAAUAGCUUUAACUCACUAGAGGAUUUUAUUGUCAGUGACAAUGAAGACCCCAGUUUCCAUGCGACAUCAAAUUCCGAGACAGAGGAUGAAAAGGCUCUAUCACCGCCUCCACCCCCAAAAUCCACCCGGAAGAGAUUGAUGAGGGGAAGAAGACCUGAUGCCGAUGUCGGCAAAAUAUCUCUGAAAGAUGAGUCUUUCAAAGCAUCCUUUCGACUGGAGGCUGAAAUCCCCGGAAUACGGAGGCGAUCUUCAUCAACUGAAGAUAGCCCUAGGCCCGUGUCUCAGGAGGGCCUCAACCUCUCUACAAAGCUCAAAUCGCUCGAUCUCAAUGGCGACAAUGUACCACUUUCUCAUCUGGAAACAAAGUCUGCACGCUCCAUAAUAGAGCUAGACUGUUCACCUAAAAUACUGCGACCAACAAGCAAGAAGCUGGAAACACCUCCAUCAAGCCCCAAACAAGCCCGGCUGCGAUCUCCCACCAAGAGCAAGAUUCGAAUUCCCGCCACUCCUCAUCGCGAGAACGUUGAUGCGUUUUGGAGCCAAGAAGAAACCAACACCUGGAAUGAUCAGUAUUCUCCACGCAAGGAAAAGUCCUCAAGCCGCACUGUGAUUGAACUCCUUCAAGACUUUGACGAUUCCGAGGAGGAGGAGCUGGUGGUGCUGGAGGAGGAUAGAAGCCGUGAAUCUAGUUCCAGCAGUGAUAUCGAGAUCAUUCCGAAGAUGAACACGAGCGUGCCCACGACACCAAAGCCGCUCAGCAAGACAGCAAUGAAAAAGGCAGAAGCAGAAAAGAACCGAGCAGCCAAAGCUCGUCGGCAGUCUUUCAACAACAAGAAGGCUGAUUUUGCACAGACCUUCUUUAAUGCACUGGACCAAGCUGCAUCCGGGGGAGAGGUCAGUCGACUUGCAGAGCCCACUGGUGGGGUGAAAAUCACUUGGUCAAAGACUCUGAAUAGGACCGCCGGACGGGCUCACUGGAGAGGAGAGCGAGUGGUUUCUCACGGACCAAACGGCGAGACAAGGGGCUUUAGCAAGACCCUGCACCACGCAACGAUUGAGCUGGCCGAGAAGAUUAUUGAUGAUGAAUAUCGGCUCAUCAACACCCUCGCUCACGAAUACUGCCAUCUGGCCAAUUACAUGGUUUCCAAUGUCCACGACAACCCGCACGGUGCGAGCUUCAAGAGCUGGGGCAAAAAGUGCACCGAAGCCAUGAAGAACCACCCUGUUUACGGCGGGCAGAUCACCGUCACGACAAAGCACACUUACCAGAUUGACUACAAGUAUGUGUGGAACUGUAUGACCUGUGGUCAGGAAUAUUGCCGUCACUCAAAGAGUAUCGAUACGCAGCGUUCUCGCUGCGGUGCCUGCCGGGGCGCUUUGCAGCAGACCAAGCCGAAGCCGCGCAAUGUGUCGCCUAAGAAGAGUACAGCAACACCCGGUCAGAGGAAGAUCUUGGAUGAUGUGACAAAGAAUCUGGAUGAAUUUGUUUUCUAAACCUCUUGGAUCUCCACCAUAUGAACGUUCCCACGACUGUUUGUUUUCUGUUAGAGACAAUCUCCACGACCAGCACACUUGCAUUCUGAAUUAGCUCAUGAUCCCAAGCACGCGUGCAUUGUGAAUUAGCGCAUGUAUCGGCUGAGCGACUUUGAUUUCUUUUGCACAGAAUUGAUGAUUAAGAGUUCUCAUUCGGUCUAGAGAUACCUUUUUGCUUUGGCUUGUUUAUAUUAUUUUGUCGACUAUCUAGAGAUCCUAACUAAUGUUGGUCUAAACUAAUACCUCUUGUGGCAUAGAGUCCACCCUCCUCAUAUCGUAUACUGCCAUAUCUGCCGGGGAUACCCUUAAUAGCCAUCCAUCGCAUCCCCCCCAUUCCAUUUCUUUUCCACCUUCCCAAGGCACAAACCUCCUAAACGAACAAAUCCCAAUCACGAAUCUCCAAUUGACCCGCCAAUGCACCCACAGUCUCCUCUGCAACAGCCUCCUCCCUCGACAAACCCCGCGCAUCCCCAUUCUUAUCAAACUCCUCAUGGGGCACAUUGAAAAAGGCAAGUAGAUCCGUCUCCUGCGCCUCCAACCGCACCAUCAGAUAGUGGCACGUCACCUUUGAAACCGGCGGCGCACCAGACGUCCCAUCAAGCCCAGCCCCGGCAACUGCCGCGUCCGUAACGGACUCAGUAGCUCCAUUAGCAGGAGCGUGAACCCGUCCACCCCGUCGUCGAGAGGUACUCAAAAACUGAACAACGCCCCUGUAGGCGCUAACCGAUGAACCCGGCGGCGCGGAUGCGCCCAGGCGAGUCGGUUCCACGCGUGUGGGCGGGACGACGAUUUGCAUGACGUCGCCUUCGUCGCAGAGGUCGUUUAGGUGGUGAAGUGCGGCGGCUUGGUCGACCGUUUCGGUUGAGGCGCUGGCAGCGGUGCCGCUGCCGGCGGUCAGGGUUAGGUGCUGGUGGCUGAAGGUGGUGAAGGUGGUGAGAGCGUCUUGCUGGGAGACGCGCUGGUUGAUUUCGAUAAUGUAGUUUGAGAGUGUAUUGGGGGACAAGAAGAGUUCUUGGUGAUCGGGGAUUUCGCGGAGAUCGCUAUCAUGGAGUUAGGUUGGACUUUGAAUUUUUUAAGGAUGGGUUGGUAGAGGUGGGUGAUAUGGAAUAAGAUGCCGGAUCAAAGAGGAUGGAUGAAAAGGUCCAGCCUUUGAGUAUAUGAUAAUACAUAUACGCAAGAAGAGUAUCAAAGGGGAUAGAGGGCCGGGUCAAACAGUAGAGCAUGAUAUAUACUGACCUUCCAUCAAUCCAGCCUUGUGGCACAACCCCGCGGAUCGCCCCGCCGAAAAAGUCCUGCUCGGUGACUUGAGGCAUGAUUGGAACGAGCUUUCCAGCAGGAGCAAGUUGAAGCUGCUAGUUGAUUGAUUGUACUCGGUAACCCGGCGUUCAGGAUGUUGCUCCGAUCUCAAUGAGCCGAGAGAAAUCUAAAGUUCUCCGAUCUAGAAGUUGAUGCAAAGAGUCCGGCCGAGCCUUCAGAGCUUAAGUUUCUUUAUGGAUUUGUCCAGUUGGGCUGUUCCGAGUCGAAGUAUCUGAAUAGAGCACAAUCUCAAUUGAUAGAAAUACCAAGAGACAGCCAGCUUCAGAGGGACUUGGACUCUGUUUUGUGUCGAUGAGGUGUGUGAGGCAGCAAUUGCGGGAGGCAGUCG